AUGAUUGAACUGAAUAGUGAGCAAACACAAUUAGAAUGGCUAGCUGCUUCGAAAUCGAUAAGCCCCAGAAUUACAGCUCAAGAAAUAUGCUCACACCACCACUCUUUAAAUGUAAAUACAGCAAUAUUCAUAUGCGAAGCCCUAACGCAAUACAACAAGCAACUACUGUACUAUGCCAAACAGGAGCUCAAGAACUCAUUUCGGUACAUAUGGAUUAAGAAAGGUGUUCUGCGUGUACGCCGGGCAGGAGAAAGCCAGAAACCAAUUAUAAUACGUUCAGCGGAUGAUGUCAAAAGAGUUAAGCUAAGUACCUCCUAA